UGUAGUUUAGUUAUUUUUACUUAUAUAGGUACAUCUAUACACAUUUAAUGUCAAUUCACUUGUUAUAUGUUCCGAUCUCAUACCUAAGACAUAGGUUCUCUACACUCAUCAAACAUCAUUCUUUCUUUUUCAUACCAGGCCUUAAUUUGUUGUGUUUUCCAUAAUUGACGGACUUGGGUCGUCUCAUUUUCUUUGAGAUCUCUUUUUGUUCUUCACACAUAAUAUGGUUUUAGAUCUAACUAUGCUAAAAACUAACGCGUAUAUUUAGUCAUUUCUCGUUCAUAACUUAUUCAAAUGCAUUUGACAUUUUAGACUUCACUUUUGAAAGAAUAAAAAAAAAUUGAGUCGUAUCCUUGCAAUUGGUGGGGUAGGUUCAUUGUUUGUACUAGCUUUUUUAUUCUGUCGUGAAAAAGUUGUGUAAAUACUAUCUUAACUUUUCGUUUUGAUAUUCAACUUCUUUUCAGAUCUUACAAGGAAGAAAAAUGGUGAAGAUUUGUUGUAUUGGAGCUGGAUAUGUUGGAGGGCCAACCAUGGCAGUAAUAGCUCUCAAAUGUCCCUUAAUUGAAGUAUUUGUUGUUGACAUCUCUGUUGCCCGGAUCACAGCCUGGAAUAGUACUGAUCAGCUCCCAAUCUACGAACCAGGCCUUGAAGAAAUUGUCAAGCAAUGCAGGGGAAAGAACCUCUUCUUCAGCACUGAUGUGGAGAGGCAUGUCUUUGAGGCUGACAUAGUUUUUGUUUCAGUCAACACUCCUACCAAAACCCGAGGCCUUGGAGCUGGCAAGGCCGCGGACUUGACUUACUGGGAGAGUGCAGCAAGGAUGAUUGCUGAUGUUUCAAAGUCUAAUAAGAUUGUUGUUGAGAAGUCAACUGUUCCAGUGAAAACUGCUGAGGCAAUUGAGAAGAUUCUAACUCACAACAGCAAAGGAAUCAACUUUCAGAUUCUGUCAAACCCCGAGUUUCUUGCUGAGGGGACUGCAAUUGAGGACCUCUUUAGGCCUGAUAGAGUGCUCAUUGGAGGAAGAGAAACCCCUGAUGGACAAAAGGCAAUUCAAGCACUCAAAGCUGUGUAUGCUAAUUGGGUUCCUGAGGACAGAAUCUUGACCACCAAUCUCUGGUCAGCUGAGCUCUCAAAGCUAGCUGCCAAUGCCUUCUUGGCUCAGAGGAUCUCAUCAAUCAAUGCCAUGUCAGCACUCUGCGAGGCCACUGGUGCUGAUGUGUCACAGGUUUCCCAUGCUGUGGGAACAGACACAAGAAUUGGACCCAAGUUUCUGAAUGCCAGUGUUGGUUUUGGUGGAUCUUGUUUCCAAAAGGAUAUACUCAACUUGGUCUAUAUCUGUGAAUGUAAUGGCCUAAUUGAGGUUGCAAACUACUGGAAACAAGUAAUCAAGGUGAAUGAUUACAAAAAGAGCCGGUUUGUGAACAGGGCUGUCUCUUCAAUGUUCAAUACAGUUUCUGGGAAAAAGAUUGCUGUUUUGGGAUUUGCUUUCAAGAAAGACACUGGUGACACAAGAGAGACUCCAGCCAUUGAUGUAUGCAAAGGGCUUUUAGGUGACAAGGCAAGGUUGAGCAUCUAUGAUCCGCAGGUGACUGAAGACCAAAUUCAAAGAGAUCUUUCAAUGAACAAGUUUGAUUGGGACCACCCAGUUCACCUCCAGCCAAUGAGCCCAACUUCAGUGAAGCAAGUUAGUGUGGUUCGGGAUGCAUAUACGGCAACUAAGGAUGCUCAUGGAGUCUGCAUUUUGACAGAGUGGGAUGAGUUCAAGAACCUUGAUUAUCAAAAGGUUUAUGAUAAUAUGCAAAAACCGGCAUUUGUGUUUGAUGGUAGGAAUGUAGUGGAUGUUGAGAAGCUGAGGGAGAUUGGAUUCGUUGUGUUCUCUAUUGGGAAGCCUUUAGAUCCUUGGAUUAAGGACAUGCCUGCUGUUGCUUGAGAUGGAAGUUUACUUCAAUGGGAAUUCUAAGCUAGAGUUUGGGCUUCAAGGAAAUCCAAGAUUUCUUUCAUUUUAUCAUUAUUUUUAAAAGGUUUUUUUUUAAUCAUUUACUAGUUCUACUUUCUUACAUCAAAAUGAAUUUUUCCAUUUUUGAAAUUGUUUUCAUAUAAUAAAGCUAAAGUUUAUGACCUUAUUGAUCUGGUUCAUUUUAUCAACUCUAGUCAGACUAAACAACAGACAUUAUGUAGAAU